AUGGAUCUGGAUGUUCGAGAGAUUCUCAAUCGGUUUGAGAAACUCAACUCCCCUGCUCGACGAGCCGCCUAUCGCCAUAUUCUGAUGCAACUGCGCCUCCACGAAUGGCGCGAUGUGCGUGACCAUUUAGACCACAUCUCCUUCCACAAAGAUAUUCUAGGUGCACUGCCUCUAGAGGUGGCCGUGCAAAUUACAGGAUAUUUAGGUCUGUCCGAAAUACAUGUCCUCCAAAGAGUCUCGAAGAAGUGGUAUUCGCUGCUGUCUUCUGAUCUGGUUCGCGACGCUGCGCUUCGCCGUUAUGCCGGACGCAAGACCGAUCCCGCUGCUGUCGGGGCACUGGACAAAUUCUCCGCGUAUGCACGACACCGGACUCGCUUGGAGCGUGGGCAACCUGUCAAGAAAGAUCAUUACCCAACCUACCAGCCGUUGCCAAAAACUUCGGAGGUGUCGACCCUAGAUUACUGCAAAGGACGCGUUGCAUGGAUCGACGAAGGCACAACGCUUGUCGUCCUCAAUCUGCACUCCCAAGCGACUCAACAGUUCUGCACGCAGAACCGAGAUUUCUUCGUUGGGAUGCGACUUUCGGACCGCAUCAUAGCGGCCAUUAGUCCACGUGGACACUGUCACAUCUGGGAUCUUCACUCCGAGGAGUCGGCAUGGUUUCGCCUGCCCUCAUUGCAGUACGGGUUCUUCGUAGCUAGCGAAACAAGCGUAGCACUUUCCUUUUCUGAUGGACUGGCCAACGGGGGUUACAUUCUGCAUUGGGAUUCGAUGUCGCACACUGCUCGCACGAUCGCUGUAGCACCAUAUUUGGGUUACAUGGCCUUGAACGCCGCCGCUAAGACCCUCACUACGGUCCACCUUGAGGCGCGUAAUCCGGACUUUCGGACUGAUACUGCUUUUGACAGUCAGCUGCGAGUCCAGUCUCCAAUCCUGUCGCCACAGUCCCCCAUCGGCUCUCCAAGCACAUGA